AUGAAAUUCUCAAUCACCGUACUAUCAUCAAUCCUUGCUAUCUGUUCGGUUACGAUUGCCAAUCCAACUGAUCCCAGUUCGACCAUGAGUGCUGAAGCUAGCACUUCGACAGCCUCUUCAAGCGGAGCUUCAGAUGGUGGAUCUGGCUCUCCAGAAUCUCCUAGCACAGAUGAAUUUAAGGAAUAUUGCGGUCGAUUUGAUGCUACUGAACUGUCGUUGAUCGAAGAAAUUGCAAAAUCUCGGAUUAAAUCCAUGAAAGCGUUUAAACUACUUGAAAGUCAACGUUUUGAUGCUGAUAUUCAGGAAGGAUUGAUUGUUAGAGAGAAGGAAAAGCUCGAGAGUAUGAGUCAAGUUCCGAGUCGGAAAUUGAGUUCUGCUAAAACCGAUUAUGAGUAUAAUCGUCAACGUUGUGAAGGAUCCAGAUAUUAUGCAACUGAUUACGUUUGGAAACUUUUGGAUAGGACGGAAGAAAAUAAUGAGUUGGCAACCAAACUUACAAGCCAUUCUUCAUUUGGAGUAUCACUGAAUGAUUAUUAUAGUUCACCGAAAUCAGUUUACGGAUAUCGGGAUUGCCUCAAACUCGUCACAUUGUUGCAACUCAAAAUGGGCCAUCAUCCAGAAUAUGUUGUAAUGCAGCGUGUAUUGCAUGUUGCUUGUGGACAUAUUUGUGUGGUUCAUAGUCGAAAGUAUAUCACAAUCUUCUAUCAGUGGUGGCUAUACUUGUGUACCAAACAUAGAAUCCCACACAAGUAUCCACACACAAUACAUGUCAACAGAGUGCACAUCUCAACAAUCAAAGUUCCAUUACAAAAAUCACACAUUACCAAUAUCUAA